AUGGCACCCACGGAGACUUAUGCAAGGGAUGACGAUGCAAAACUUGAGACCACACGCGCAAGGCUGUCAAACAUCCUCAAAAGGCAUGAAGAUCUGAAAGAGCGCCUUUCACGGGAUUCUGAUAAGCUGAUUUUUGAGCGCCUACAGAAAGAAUUUGAGGCUGCACGUGCUGCUCAAACCGAAGAGAUUUCAUUAGAUGAUGAUGAGUGGAAUGAUGGUUUACUGGCAACCAUCCGUGAGAAGGUCCAUAUGGAGGCUGAUAGGAAGGCCAUGGCCAACCAAGUAAAUGUUCCAGCAGAUCUUCCAUUUCAAUCAAGGACUACAUAUAGGAUUAGAAAUAAGGUUAUCUAUUGCUUGGAUGGAGCGAGGAUUGGCAUACAGUACGAGACAUUCUUUGCUGGAGAGCCUUGUGAAAUUUUUCAUUGUGUUUUGGAAAGCAAGUCAUUCCUGGAAAAGAUGAUUGUGGUUGAACACACCUUACCUUUCUUUCUGCCCAUACGUGAAUUAGAAAGUGAUCUCUUGUCAUCUAAUUCCAUUAAAUUCAUUGAUCAUCUUGAAGAAAUUUUACAGGCUUAUAUUGACAGGAGAGAGCAGGUUCGUCUUAUCAAGGAGCUCUACGGGAACCAAAUUGGCGAGCUGUUCCAUAGUCUUCCUUACAAUAUGAUAGAGUUUGUAUUGGAAGAUUUUGAGUGCAAGGUUACAAUCAGUAUCCGAUAUUCGGAUCUACUGCAGACCCUGCCGAGUCAAGCAAGGGUCUUGGCUUGGCCACUUCGCUCGGCCAAGAGAAUAUCCACAAGAAGCAGCAGUGCUCAAGCCGCGCAACCAGUACCUUUUCACCUUUCAUACGCCGAGGAAGCACUCAAGACCUUGUGUCUACCAGAAGCAUACGCAGACAUUGUGCUGGAGCUACCCCAUGCUCUGAAGAGGAUUUUCUCCUCUCGGGACAGUGACUGA